CCGCCGCGGGCCCCACGUCCCCGGCGGAGGCAGUGGAGUGGGGUUGCAAGUGCCGCGGCUCGGGUUUCCGCUCCCGGGACUCGUACACCACGGAGCCGGGGGCGUCUUCCCCGAGACCUGGGCUGUGUGCUCUUCUGCGGGCCGACAGGGCCGCUGUGAUUGAGACCUGUUUCACCUUCCACUGAAAUUGGUUAGUUUAUGCAGAAUGUCAUCAGAUGAAGAGAAAGGCUCGCUUCCUGUUAUACAGAAUGACUCUGACCGGGCCAGUUCUGUGUCUUCAGAUCUUCAGGAAGAGUAUGAAGAACUGCUUCGUUAUGCUAUCGUGACUCCAAACAUUGAGUCAGGUGCUUCACAGCCAUAUCAUUCUAGGGGAGAGGUGGGACCAGAUGUGAGGGUUCCUACUCUAAUUGAUGAUAUUCUUCAUAAUCAAGCAGGAAAUAGCCCUGUAGUAAGAGAAACAAAGAUGGAAGUUGGAAAAGGAUGUGAUUUAAAUAUUUCAAGUCAUUCAAAGACAGAUGGGUCAUCGCCAGUGUCGUCACCGAGGAAGCCCUCACACCCAGUCAUGGAUUUCUUCAGUUCUAACCUCUUAGGUGACUCUUCCUCACCAGCAUCUAUUUCUAGUCAUGCAGAUGUCCAUGAAGUCGUUGUGAGCGAUUUUCUUGUUUCGGAUGAAAACCUUCAGAAGAUGGAAAACGUACUGGAUCUUUGGAGUUCAGGGCUUAAGACAAACAUCAUAUCUGAACUAAGCAAAUGGAGACUUAAUUUUAUUGACUGGCACCGAAUGGAAAUGAAAAAAGAGAAAGAAAAACAUGCAGCACACUUAAAACAACUGUGCAACCAGAUCAACAGCUUAAAGGAGCUGCAAAAAGCCUAUGAAGUUUCCAUCGGGAGAAAAGAUGAGGUGAUUUCUAGCUUGUCCCAUGCCAUAGGCAAGCAAAAGGAAAGGAUAGAGUUGAUGAGAACAUUCUUCCACUGGCGAAUUGGCCAUGUUAAAUGCAGACAGGAUGUCUAUGAAGGUAAACUAGCUGACCAGUACUUCCAGAGAACUUUACUGAAGAAGGUCUGGAAAGGCUGGCGGUCCGUAGCACAGAAGCAGUGGAAAGAGGUAGUAGAACGAGCUUGUCAAGCAAGAGCGGAAGAAGUUUGUGUCCAGAUUUCCAAUGAUUAUGAAACCAGAGUUGCUGUGUUAUCUGGAGCUUUGGAAAAUGCAAAAGCUGAGAUUCAAAGAAUGCAGCAUGAAAAAGAACACUUUGAAGAUUCCAUGAAGAAAGCUUUCAUGAGGGGGGUGUGUGCAUUAAAUCUCGAAGCCAUGACUAUAUUUCAAAACAGAGGUGAUACAGGGAUAGACUUCACAAACAGAAAAGAAGAGCAUGGCCCUGGCGUUCAAGGCAAAGAACAUUCUGCUCCUUCGGAUCCUCUGGCCCCUCCAGCGCCCCCAGUGGUUGCACCGCCACAGUCCCCGCCCCCAGCUGCCGUGGGAGCGGCCGGCGCCGCUGCCUUUCCCUGCGCGGCUUCCAUCCCGUCGGCCGGGGCUCCUUCCGCUUCCUCUGCUCACUUUCCCGUUUCUGCAACUCUCGGCACUGCUGCCCCAGAAGAAACGUAUGUGCCCAGAGUUGUGACAUCUGCACAGCAGAAAGCUGGAAGAACAAUUACAGCCCGGAUCACAGGGAGAUGUGAUUUUGCCUCAAAAAACAGAAUUAGUAGCAGCUUAGCUAUAAUGGGAGUUUCUCCUCCCAUGAGCUCAGUUGUUGUGGAAAAACAUCAUCCAGUCACAGUGCAAACCAUUCCUCAAGCUGCUGCAGCAAAAUAUCCCCGGACAAUUCAUCCUGAAAGUACCUCAGCUUCUAGAUCCCUUGGAACCAGGUCAACUCACACCCAGUCUCUCACAAGCAUUCAUUCCAUAAAAGUGGUUGACUAAAAUGAAUAUGCACAUAUUGAGAUCUUUUAAUUCUUCUGAUUUUACCAAGAAUUAGAAGUCUCUAGUUGUUAAAAUUUCAUAUUCUCGGAACAUCAUAGAUAUAUCAUGUUCAUCUUUUCAAAAUUACAAGAGACUUUUUCAAGCCAUGCCAUCCUGUGUAACUAUAUGUAGGAUUAUUUUAAUUUUAAUGUUAUUUUUUUAAUUUAAGCAAUUAAGUAAAACUUUUUUAAAUUAAAAAAUGACUUAAUUUUUUAAUAGGUUCAGCCUGUCACUGAUUACACCAUAAGAGUAUAUAAAUCCUGUUUUCUCAACGUUAUUUUCAAAAGGCUAAAUCAUUUCCAAUGUUACCAAGUAAACUUUGAGAACUUUACUAAAAAUAUUAAAACUAAUAGAAAAAUUAAGGUAUUUUUAUUUUAAAAUUUAAAAAAAGUAAUGAUACUUUAAUACAAAGUUUUUGUGAUGGUAGUGUAUUAGUCUUCAUUUUCCUCAGACUAUUACAAUUAAAAAUGGGAAUUGGUGAGACCUGUGAAUAAUUUUAAUGUUAAAAAGAGAAAGAUUUUUUUUUACUAGCACAAAAAGAGAGACACAAACAUCAAAAAAAAUUUCCUCUUGGAAUGAUCCUAUUUUUUUUUUAUGUAGUUUAUUUAUUUAUUUAUUUAUUUAUUUUAUGUUCAGUUAGCCAACAUAUAGAUCCUAUUUCUGAUGUUCUUUUUUGCCCUUCUGAAACUGUACGGCAUUGAACCCUUUUUCUCUCUGAACAUCUAAACAUCGCCCUGUGGGGGUAGGUAUGGCACUGGGCAACUCAGCAAACCUUCUAGGCCUGGGCAGAGACUUUUCAGUGGAAGAAACCGUCUGGGUAAAAGUGGUUGAGGAAAUCAAGACCAGGCUUCUAAUGGUUUUAUUGCUGGCUCACUGGGCUAUCUUGGGCCAGACAUUUAAUUUCGUGAAUCUUAGGAUCACAUCUGUGAAACAGUGAGCUGGACCUACCCCUCCUAUUUCACGAAGUACUUUGGGUUACAUAAAAACAAGUCCAUUCUAAAGAAUCUGUCCAGAGCCUCAAUUUUCAUAUCUUUGACAGAAUUGGAUGGACUUACUUAGAAGCCUCUUUCACUUUGAACGUGAUCUAGUUCUAUGCUCUAACUUUAUUAUAGGAAAUAGUUUUUCUUACUGCUUCACGUUGUAAUAGAACAUGAGAAUAAAUGGGAGAUAGGCAAAUAUCCUGUUUUCUAAAGGGCACACCAAGGCUAAUCUGCACUUUUCUGAACUAAAGAAUUAGAGUAUUCUUCUUACGCAGCACUGUUCUGAAUUCUGGCCCAGCUACCACUGUGGCAAACAGCUCCUCAAGGGUUUCAACAAACACAAACCAACACAGCGCCUCUUGUGCUCCCCAUACCUCGGCCACGCUCUUCUCUAGGACUUCACCAUGCACUCUGAGUGAAGCACAACAGACCACAGGCUCCAUUUGGAGCCUACUCAUAUGCAGCCCGGAAUUAACACCCCAUUGUGGUAACAGAUCAGUUCUUCCUUUCUCCCCUGUAUGAACUGCACCGUCUUGUACUAGUCCAUCCCAUCUCUCAGAAGAGAGUACCCUGGAAGUCAGAUGAUCAGUUAUGCUUCAUACCAAGUGGUGGCCAAUUUGGUAUUUCACCCUGGUCUAGGCUCUCCCUCCUUUCUCAUCUCACUCCCUUUUUCCCUCUUGCUUCCUUGGAUUUGCACUCCUGAAAAACAGCUACUCGUAGAUUUUGGUCUCAAGCUCUGCUUUUUGAAGAACCUAGAUGACAAUUAGGAAUGGUUUUCAGUAUCCAAGCCAUAACCAUAUGGACAAACUAAAGGGAAUAUUAUGAAUAUUGUAAUUAAGAAUAUCAUAAGCAUCUUUUUAAGCUUUAAGCUCUAGAAAUUGUAUGUUGUCCAAAGCAGAAUCAAAUAAUUAGUGUUAGCCUAAUUUAACGUAAACGCCACAAUUAAAACACUUACACAGUAAGAAUGUCUAUUCUAUUUGUUUACUUUGCGUUAAGAGGUUACCCAGAUUUUAGAAGAGGGAGUAAGUAAGUAGCAUGGUCAGUGGAAACCAGCCAUAUUGAAGAACAGAUUGGGGGGAGGGGUGCCUGGGUGGCUCAGUCGUUAGGCGUCUGCCUUCGGCUCAGGUCAUGAUCCCGGGGUCCUGGGAUCGAGCCCCGCUUCGGGCUCCCUGCUCAGUGGGAAACCUGCUUCUCCCUCUCCCACUCCCCCUGCUUGUGUUCCCUCUCUUGCUGUGUCUCUCACUGUCAAAUAAAUAAAA